AUGAACUUCGUCACGUUCAACCAGGACCACAGCCAUCUUGGUGUCGGCACCACCAAGGGCUACCGCAUUUACACAACCGAUCCUUUUAACAAGCAAUCUGAGUCGCGAGAGGGAGAUGUCUCCAGCCUUGAGAUGCUCUUCUCGACCUCUCUGGUUGCGCUGACUCUGUCACCACGAGUCCUGCGGAUACAAAACACGAAGCCCUUGCAGAGACAUUCCACCAUAUGCGAAAUGACGUUUCGAACGGCUAUAUUAGCCAUGCGCCUGAACCGAAAGCGACUGGUGGUGGUACUAGAAUCGGAGAUAUACAUAUAUGAUAUAAGCAACAUGGCAAUGUUGAAGAACGAGAAGACGUCGCCGAAUACCAACGCUAUUUGCGCAUUGUCUGCCUCGUCAGAAAACAACUACCUCGUAUAUCCACUACCGUCAAAGGCUGCACCAGCAUCUUUCCAGCCACCCUCCCACGCUCCACCGAAGAAUGAUAGCGUGACUCCAUCAAGCGGCGAAGUUCUCAUCUACGACGCUACGAAAUUGGAGGCAGUAAAUGUCAUCGAAGCCCAUAAUUCUCCAUUAUCAUGUAUCGCAUUGAACAAUGAAGGAACUCUUUUGGCGACAGCGUCCGAAAAGGGUACAAUCAUCCGCGUCUUUUCCGUUCCAGAUGGCCAGAAACUGUACCAAUUCCGCCGUGGUUCCAUUCCGGCCAGGAUAUAUAGCAUGUCCUUCAACUCUACGUCGACCUUACUAUGUGUUUCAUCAGCCACGGAGACUGUCCACAUAUUUCGUCUGGCUGCACCAAACGCCAGCCGGAGCAACAGCGCCUCGGGACCAAGCGGAAGGCCUCCCUCUGCAUCUCGAGAACGGAGCGGCAGUCGAAGUAGUCAGGAGCCCCCUUCCGAGUAUGAUUACGAAGACAGCACAGCCGAUAUCUCGGCUUCAGAACGCAAGCCAAUCAAUCCCACAUUCGCAAGCAUGAUUCGCCGGACAUCGCAAAAUGUUGGAAAGUCAUUCGCCGCGACUGUCGGGGGGUAUCUACCUAGCGCUGUUGCCGAGAUCUGGGAACCAGCACGAGAUUUCGCUUGGGUGAAAAUCCCCAAGUCGCAGAACAGUAUGUCGUCUGGGCCGAUCAGGACGGUCGUUGCGAUGAACAACAACGGGCCGCAAGCAAUGGUAGUCACGAGCGAAGGAAACUAUUAUCUCUUCAACAUCGACUUGGAGAAAGGGGGCGAAGGGACCCUGUUCAAGCAGUAUUCGUACGUUCAUACCUACCCUUUUGUCUGA